AAGGAAUUAAGUAAACCAUAAAAAGAAAAGAGAAGUCCUCGUUGGUGUUUGUAAGAGCAUAUAAAUAACAUAGUCCUCCUCCUUUGUUUUUCCACAUCACAUCACAUUGCAGAGAGAGAGAGAUCCAUCGAUCAAUUAAUUUCCAAUGGCCGAUCAGCUCACCGACGAACAGAUCUCUGAGUUCAAGGAAGCCUUUAGCCUCUUCGACAAGGACGGCGAUGGUUGUAUUACCACCAAGGAACUUGGGACUGUGAUGCGGUCGCUUGGGCAGAACCCAACUGAGGCUGAGCUGCAGGACAUGAUAAAUGAGGUUGAUGCUGAUGGGAAUGGUACCAUUGAUUUCCCAGAAUUCCUCAAUCUCAUGGCGCGCAAGAUGAAAGACACUGAUUCAGAGGAAGAGCUGAAGGAGGCUUUCCGUGUGUUUGACAAGGAUCAGAAUGGUUUCAUCUCUGCAGCAGAGCUCCGCCACGUAAUGACCAAUCUCGGUGAGAAGCUGACCGAUGAGGAAGUCGACGAGAUGAUUCGUGAGGCUGAUGUUGAUGGUGAUGGGCAGAUCAACUACGAGGAGUUUGUCAAAGUCAUGAUGGCCAAGUGAGGACCAAUCAACCAUAACAAAAACAUUUGAAAGCACAUGAACAGAAAAGGGACAGGGCAGAUAAGUUUUGAUGAAAAUUCUAUUUUCAUUAGGACAAUCUUCAUUUGGGGUCAUUAGUUUUUGUUGGUCGGAUUUGUGUUUGCUUUUAUUUAUUGGUAUUGCUCAUUAGUAUUUUCUACUUGUUUGCUCUGUCCCUUGUUUUAGUAGCUUGGAUUAGCUGUGUCUCACCAUGCAUUUGUACUUCACUUUUCAUGUUUUUUGGGUUACUACUAUGAAACUGGAACAAUUGGUUGCAAUUAGUGCUUUUACAUAUGGGUGACUUAUACUGUUAAAACCGUCUUUUAUGCUA